AUGGCGGAGGUUUUCGUUGUCAGAUCCGAGGAUGAGUGGGGGACUUUUCUCCGCAGCGGAAAAGUGUUCAUUGUGGAUUUCACAGCGACUUGGUGCGGCCGUUGCCGGUCAAUCGACCCGGUUUUUGACAAAUAUGCGACUCGAUAUUCAUCCAUCACCUUUCUUAAAGUGGAUGUCGACGCUCUUUCGGCAGUGGCAGAGCAGUUCAACAUUACCACCACGCCAACCUUCCUUGUGUUCGUGAACGGGGAGAAGGCGGACGAAGUUGUUGGAGCGUAUCAGGCGAAGCUACUUGAGUUGAUCCAGAAGUACGCUUCCUAG